UCGGCGUUUGUCUUCGUUCGUCCAGUCAGCCACUCGUGACCGGCUGGAGUGUCGGGGAGCUGCGGCUCGGGCCCGUAGAUGCUGAUCAAGGAGCCCCAGAGGGCGACGAGUUUGUGCGGAUGUCGCCGGUGCUCGUCUGCCUUUCGCUCCCUCUUUGUGUUUGUCCGAAUGCUGCGUCCCUUUAAAUGAGACACGAACAAAUCGUCUCCAGGGCGUCCGUGUUUUUGGGAGCAGGGGGGGUCCGUCCUCCGCGCCGGUCUGCCUCAGGUCAGCGUGCCGUGUGCCAGCCCGCCAUAGCCAUGGCUGAAGAGGAGGACGAGUGUCACAGGCGCUUCCAGACCGCCGUCAGCGUGGUGCAGAGCCUCCCGAAGCACGGUCCUUAUCGGCCCUCCUAUGAUGCCAUGCUGCGCUUCUACGGCUACUACAAGCAGGCCACCUGCGGCCCCUGCACCUUCGGCCCGCCCGCCAUUCUGGGACCCGGUGGGCCGCUACAAGUGGGAUGCGUGGAAGCGGCUGGGUGACAUGAGCAGAGUGGCGGCCAUGGCGGCGUACGUGGAGGAGAUAAAGGUGGUGUCACAGGAGGUUAUAAACACUCUGCCCCUCACAGAGGGCACAGCAUCGCUCUUCCACUACUUUGAGCCCCUG